AUGCUAGCAUGCCUAUUUAGUGUAGUAUGUGGUGGUGCUCUUUUGAUGGAUAGACUGGUGGGGGCUGUUGAAAGGAUCCUUUCUUGCUGGACUGCUUUAAAUUUGGCUCUGGAAUCAGGUUGGGGUGGUAAGGAUAGUCAAUUAAAGCGUAGUCAAUUGAAAACGCUAUUAAUUGACUAUUUAUGUGCCCAUAAAACUGUAUAUGCUGACGAAAUACAAGAAAUAUUGUUCAAUUUUAUGAAUGACUCAUUCUAUACGAAUCUGGAAGAUAACAGUGAUAAGGAAAUAGCAGACAUUUUAACUACACUCCAUGGCCAACUGCAAAAUGGCGAUUUAACACUUUUAAACGCCUUAGAAACACAAAUUAACCCUUGCAAAAUUGAUAUAUGUCAACCUAACCAAUCAGAUUCUUCAUCAUGUGAUGAAGAAUCUCAAUCUGAUUAUGAACCAUAA